UUUGAUAGAAGUAUGUUGAAUUUUCUGAUUUCUCAACUGGCGUGGGUUGGAUAUCAUUAUAUAUAAGAGACUCUUCUGUAUAUUCUGGAGAUCUCUGAAUGCCACGGAGCAAUGAGGGUCUUUUUGUUUGUGUUCCUGAGCCAAGCUCUUCUGUGUGCUAAGGUCUUUGGUCACCACGAGAAACAGGAGGAACAUCAUGAAAAACAGGUUGAUGAUCACACUGAGGAGACAUCGCAUCUCCAGAAGAUUGUUCCAGGCAAUGUAAAGUUUGCGUAUUCACUCUAUACUCAUCUAGCUAACAAAUAUCCAAGUGAUAACUUAUUUUUCUCUCCCAUGAGUAUCUCCCUGCUAUUCAGCAUGCUCUCCGCUGGUGCCAAGGGUCAGACUCAGACUCAGAUUCAUGAAACACUUGGCUUCAACGCGUCGGCAACCUCAGAAGACAUCAACAAAGGCUUCCAGCAGCUCCUUCACUUUGUUAAUCAGCCCAACACGGAUCUGGAGCUCAACAGCGCCAACGCUCUGUUUCUCGAACAGCACACCGAGAUUAUUGAGAAGUUUAUCGAAGAUCUCAAGAACUUCUACGAGUCUGAAGUAAUUCAUUCUGAUUUUCAAAAAGGAGAUGAAGCAAAAAACCAGAUUAACAGUUAUGUGGAGAAAAAAACGAAUGGGAAGAUCAAAGAUCUGCUGGACAGUGUUAGCCCGGCGACACUUCUAGUCCUUAUCAACACAAUCUACUUCAAAGGCACCUGGGUGCACUCUUUUGAUGAGACUCGUACCAGGGAAGCGGACUUCCACGUAGAUGAGAACACGAGAAUUAAGGUGCCGAUGAUGACCAUUAGGGAGAAGUUUCUGGUAGCCAUCGUACGGGAGAUGGGCUGUGUAGUGAUCGAUAUCCCAUAUAAAGGAAAUACCUCAGCCAUCCUCAUCGUGCCGGAUAAAGGGAAACUUCAGGAUGUGGAAAAAGCUCUCCAGAACGUAUCACUGCAGACCUGGACCAAACUCAUGAGACCAAUGGAAAUCUUUGUAACGAUCCCUAAAUUUUGUGCUGCCGCUACGCUCAACCUGAAGAGUGAAUUAUCUGAAAUGGGGAUGAAGGACGUCUUCUCCAGUGACGCGGAUCUUUCUGGAAUUACAAAGAUCCACGUGGAGGUGUCCAAGGCAAUUCAUAAAGCAGUGCUGAGAGUGGAUGAGAAGGGAUCGGAGGCCGCAGGGGCAUCGGCUGCGGUCAUCACGAAAUUAAGUCUACCAUUUCAAGUCAUUGCGGAUCGCCCUUUCCUGAUAACCAUUCUACAUAAACCUACUAACACCAUUCUCUUCACUGGAAGAAUAAUGAAGCCUGAGAAUUGCUGAAACCAUGUGAGGUUGAUGCUGAUUUCUCAAACAGCCGAUGAGGGGUCUUGAAAAUCAAAUUAGUCAGGACCCCAAAUUCCCUCACAAAAUUAAAAUAUAUUUUUUAUUUCC